CGGAACUAUUUUGCUGUCGGACGGGUUUGCGGAAGUUGCUAACCGCGUUCCAUGUGAAUAUUUUAGACUAAAUUGACAAAAUUAUGUGUUUGAAUGUAUCAAAACUGACAUUUCUAAGUUUAAUUGAAAAUGUUAGUAUUAUAUGAUUUAAUUGACGACACUUUACUUAUCCAAAUGUUAUCUGUGGAGUAGUUUGACGGAACCCUUUUGUGGUCGGACGUGCUUUUCACCGCAUCCGCCGAGAUGAGUUUCGAGUGGCCCUGGCAGUACAACUUUCCACCUUUUUUUACGCUUCAACCCAAUGUGGACACGAGACAGAAACAGUUGGCGGCGUGGUGUUCACUAGCGUUAGCCUAUUGUCGCCAUCAAAAGUUGUACACAUUGGACGUGAUGGAGGCCCAGGAGAGUCCCGUCUUCAACAACCGCAAGAUUGAACGAAAACUGUCAAUGGAAGCCAUUCAAGUUGUGUUUGAGGAGCUGAGGAAAAAGGGGAACCUGGAGUGGCUGGACAAGAACAAGUCGAGGUGUUUGGUGAUGUGGAGGCGACCCGAGGAGUGGGGCAAGCUCAUGUAUCACUGGGUGUCUAAAAAUGGAAUGAACAAUACAGUGUUCACGCUGUACGAGCUGUCCAAUGGCGACGACACUGAGGGGGAAGAGUUCCACGGCCUGGAGGAGUGGAUGCUGCUGCGCUCGCUGCAGGCGCUGCAGACAGAAGGCAAAGCGGAAAUCAUCAGCAUGGACGACGGCAAAGGCGUGAAAUUCUUUUGAAGAGGUUUUUGGAUUGGCCGAGGGCCGCACGUUCUUCCUGAUAUUGACGCGCCUGACGCUGCAUCCAUAUUUUUUAAGUCACGGGAAGAUUUUGUCAUUUUGAGGUAACGCGACAUCCUUAGAAAUCACCUCUGGAAGUCUUACAAAGAGGCAUGUAAGUGACAACUGGACCAAGACUGCUGAUUCAACUCAGCCCAAUUUAUUGUUUAUGACAAUAAUAGUGGACAGUUUUAUUGUGACACUAUCCCAGAAGUAAUACACAAUCAACCAUCACACUGAUAUUAUGUGUAAAAAUAAAUAAAUAUGACUACUUUGAUAAAUUGGA